AUGACUCUCCGCUACGGGUCCUUUGCGACCUUCCUAAUCGUCUGCCCAACGAGCUUCUUCCUCGGCAUAAUCUUCUCCCUCUUCCCCUACGACUACCCAAUCCUCUGGUCCACCUCGCCAACAGUCUCGACCGCCUACGACUCCCUCGAAACCCACCUCCGCCUCCUCCAUGCCUCCCCACCUCUCAUCCCCCGGAUUCUGCACAUCGUCAUUUUCCUCGGCCUUGCGGGCCUCAUCAUGAAACUAUGGCGGCCCUCUGAAUCAAACAUGCUCUUCGACGGCGCGUCGCUGGUCCUCUACGCUUGCGGAAUCACAGUGUACAUUGCGAAUAUCGUCAAGGGGCUGAGACUGGCAAGUGGUGGGCUUUACGGGGCGGAACUUGCGGCGAACCCCGAGGAGGCGGCGCAGAUUCUGGGACGCGAGGAUAGCCUCAAGGUGCUUAGUGCGAGUAAUACGAUUUUGGCGCUGGUUUUGGUCGGGGUUUUGGUGUUGCAGGCGGGGCAGUGGUAUGCGGAGAGGAAGGAUGCGCAGGAGGAUGAGUCGUUUGCGGCCAAGGGGGAGGGGAAGGGGAAGGGAAAUAAGAAGAAGGCUAACUAA